UGUUUAGUGACCUCUGGUAUGUGGCUCCAACAUAUUUGCUGUCUCUGCUCUUCAGUUACUAUGAAGCUGGUGUAUUGUUAAAUACUGUCCGCUACGCUGGACCGUGUUACUCGAUAAAAUGAUUGCAAAAGCUGCAGUGCUGGCGUUACUAACGAUAUGCUUUGUGGCAGAAUGCGUCUUGUCCACAAAUGACACAAAUAUAUCAUCGAUCGUAGAAUCGCAGGAGAGUCCAGAUGCCGCUGCUGACCGAGCCAUACAAGAUGAAACUAACGCCACCACCAGUCGCAUUAAGAACAGGGUGUUAUAUGGCUUUGGGUAUCCGAUAGAUGGAACUGGUGGCGUGUGGCCGCAAACUGGUGUUUGGCCGCAAACUGGUGUUUGGCCACAAACUGGUGUUUGGCCACAAACUGGUGUUUGGCCACAAACUGGAGGCACAUGGUCUGGAAGUGGAGGAAUCUACAAUGGCUACCUUGGCUGCAGAUAUUGGUGCCUUAAUAACUAUAUGUGGAACUAUUACUGCUGUGAUUCAGAAACUGGAAUGAUGCGCUACCAAUGCCCAAUUGAAAGAAGCUUUUGUUCCAUUCCUUAUAGGCACUACACAGGGCAACCCCAGAUUUGUAACGACAGAAUUGGAUGCUCUGGUUAUGAAGUUUGUUGCCCUGAUGCUUGUGUCAAGGCUUACGUGUGCAAACCUCCUGAACCUAUAUAUGGACGUUAGCAAAUUGUUAGAAUGGAGAACAUCUAAAAUCUUUACUAACAUCUUUAAUCUUUAUUAAGUUACUCUCCAAAAAGUUGGCAUAAAUUAUUCAUGUCAAUGUCGUGGGGAAAUGAAUGUGAAAUGAAUUCGCGCAAAAUGAAAUUUAGAUACACCACGAACAUAUUUUCUCAACCUCAAUAUACAAAGAACUGCCAAGUUUAGAAUUCAAAAUGCAAUGAAAGAGGAAUUAAACUUUUCUGGCAAAAACUUGUACCAAAGAAAUUGUGUCGUUACUGAGUUUACUUCCCAAUUUUAAUCUAUUUCUUUAUUCUUACGUAAUAUAGUGAAAAUUAAAAUCUAAAACAAAGAAGUCGCUCCACUCACUGAAGUAUGAUGGUUUAAAACAGAAUUAACAUCUUGAAGUACUUCAUGUUAUUGUGACUAAUUUACUGGUAUGUAAGGGUUAACAAAUCCAAAUACUGGGAGGCUAUGUUGCUUUGGCCUCAGGUUUGUAUUUUAGAAUGACGAUUUAUAUAUUUUGUUUUCGUUUGUUCAGAACUAUGACCUUGAUACUGUCAGGGAUUGUACCCCGUGUGUUGAACAUGGCACAUUUUAUGGAAUGAUUCUUAUUACUAUGUAGUUAGAUUACGAAGUGCGUUUGUAUGAUUUUUAUAAGAAAUGCGUUUGUAUGAUUUUUAUGUCUCUAUCUGUCAACUCGGUAUCUAAAUAUAGAUUUAAAAAGCUGGUGUAUUACUUUAAAGAAAAAUUCAUAUCUCACUAAUUUCCAAGUCCAUUUCUUACACAAGUAAUCAAGAUCUUUUUAAUAAUCUAUAAUAAUAUCCUGUGACAUUCAAAGUAAUAACUGGUGGUACAGAGCUUUAGGCAACAUUUCUUAUUUGAAGAAUCAAUAAUCAUCUUGAUACGCACCAUUAUGUGAAAUGCUAUUUAAGAUUUGAAGACAAACAUCCACAUUAAGCACUGUUGUUGGAUGGACAAUGAGAACAAAUAUUUUUUGAACGAAUAAGUUGAGGGAUUCAAGAUUUCAACACAGCUGCAUUGCAUAUAUACGUGAGCUUAAGUUCAACAUAAUGGCCAAAUAUAGAAUUAUGAGUAAUGAACUACAAAGUAGCAAUGUACAUACUAAAUCACUGUACAUAAAUUAAGAAUGAAAUUUAAAUUAUGAUUUCCAUGGCAUAAACCUGUUAUGGUACAAAAGAGAACUGUUAAACACAUACAAAUAAUAACACUAUUAGUAAAAUAGCGACUGCAACCUUUGUUGUUAAAUGCUGUUUUUUUUUGUGGGAAUGCUAAAGGGGGUAAGACGGUAAAACAUAAAAUAAAAUAAAAUAAAAAGUUGAGUCAAUACACUUACUUUAUGCCCUAAUUUACACUAAUUUCUUUUCUUUCAUGUGGAAAUUCAAUGACAGUUUCAACCACUCGAACUGUUGAUAAACAGGUAAACAGGAUUCCAAUGUACAUUAAAACUUCCAGUUUGUGGCAUUUAAAUCUGAAUUUAAGGAAUGAACUCCAGAAAAGCUUGAAUCCUUAUCCAACAACACAGAUCACUAUGAAAAAAGUAUCCCAUCAAUUGGAGAUGUUGAAUGAACACUUAGCAAAACAUGUCUGGCUUUCAAA